AUGGUCGAGUCGAUCACCCACCGUGUCACAAAAGAGAGCUAUCAGGUCGAGGCACCACCCGCAGAUGCCCCGCUUGAAGUGCUCAACGAAUACUAUUGGACAAAGGAUGCCGAGCCCCAUGUGGCACGGAGAAAAGCUAUUAUCGCCAAAUAUCCCGAGGUGAGGAAACUCACGGGCCACGAGCCAAAACUGAAGUGGUAUGUUUUGGCCGUGGUUGCUUUACAAAUUGGCGUGGCGAUUUACUUGAGGAACACGUAUCCCAUUUCGUGGAAGUUUUUCAUUCUAGCUUAUGUAAUCGGAGCCACUGCCAAUCAGGCACUUUUCCUCGCUAUACACGAGUUGUCACACAAUUUGAUGUUCAAAAAGCCACUUCAUAAUAAGCUUUUCGCAAUUGUUGCCAAUGUGCCAAUUGGUAUCCCUUACAGUGCUUCUUUCCAGCCUUACCAUCAGUUGCAUCACAAGUUUAUGGGCGAUGAGUACUUGGACACGGACUUGCCAACACCUUUGGAGUCUAUAGUGUUGUCGAAUGUGUUGGGAAAAGUUUUCUUCGCCACAUUUCAAAUAUUUUUUUAUGCCCUUAGACCCAUGUUCAUCACGCAAAUCAACAUCACCAGCAUUCAUUUAAUGAACAUUGUCUUUCAGGUGGUGGCAGACAUUUUGCUUGUGAAAUUUGCCAGCGUUAAUAGCUUGCUUUAUUUCAUCAUGUCCUCCUUCUUGGCAGGUUCUUUGCACCCUUGCGCUGGACACUUCAUUGCCGAACAUUAUGUACUUAACGACAAUAACGUGCCCCGGGCUGGGCACGAAAAGCUGGGCAACCUCUCCAAAGACCUUGUGCCACCCGAAACGUACUCUUACUAUGGCUCGCUAAAUUUGGUCACUUGGAACGUGGGCUACCACAAUGAGCACCAUGACUUUCCCUAUGUGGCAUGGACUAAGCUCCCUGAGCUCCGCAGAAUUGCCGCUGAGUUCUACGAGCCAUUGCCUCAGAUCAACUCAUGGUGUGGGGUGUUGUGGAGCUUCUGCUUCAACGACGUGAACACUUUAUGGAAUAGGGUCAAGAGAACCGGAAAAGUACGUCUGGGUCGAAACGUAAGCGGAUUGGAUAGGAAUCAAAAUUAG